AUGGCUCGCAAAUUCUUGCAUGUUCCACAUAAGCCUACACUCCUAGUGGUGCAUAUUGAAGCUAGUCCUUGGCGCGAAUUGUCAGUAGUGAGGGGAGGGGGGAAGGAGACUCGGAGUCAGCAAAGCUCCGGCCCAACUAACUGCGUUCGCAAUUUUUCGAAUGACACAAACUUUUUCACAAGUAUUCCCGAUCUUUGCGUCUGUGUGAAAAAAUUAUGCAACUUUCAAUUUGGCGUAAUCGUAGGCAUUAAUGGACAUUUGCUUUCGAGGGAUCGGAUUAUAUCGGCAAACCUUGUUAUCCGAAAGCUAUUGAUCCGGUCUGCUAGUGCGACCGCCUUACAAAUCUCUACUCUUUAA